AUGUAUCCCAACACUUUUGAAGGCUUUGCUAUUCCAUCAGCCAAAGAAUGGAAUAGUCCAAAACGAUACGAGUUUAAGCCAAAACCAUUUGGAGACCACGACGUCGACGUCAAGAUCAUCGCAUGCGGUGUCUGCGGUUCAGACGUACACACCGCAACUGGUGGAUGGGGAAACAAAAUUUGGCCCGUGAUUCCCGGACACGAAAUCAUCGGCUAUGCCACGAAGGUCGGGCCCAAGGUCACGGCAAUCAAGGUCGGACAGCGUGUUGGCGUUGGUGCCCAGAUAUCCGCAUGCCUCGACUGCGACACUUGCAAGAAUGACAAUGAAACAUACUGCAAGAAACAGCAAGAUACAUACGCCUCAGUCUACCCGGACGGCACCAUCGCUCAUGGUGGCUACUCAUCCCACAUCCGCGCCCACGAGCACUUCACGUUCCCUAUUCCAGAGGGUCUGCAAACGGAACUUGUUGCGCCUAUGCUUUGCGCGGGAUUAACUGCCUACUCGCCACUGGUUCGAAACGGAGUCGGACCAGGCAAGAAAGUUGGAAUUCUUGGAAUCGGCGGUAUUGGACACUUUGGCAUUCUUUUCGCCAAGGCUCUCGGCGCAACUACCUACGCCAUUUCCCGGUCGCGCUCAAAGGAAGCCGAUGCUCGGAAAAUGGGAGCGGAUGGCUUCAUUGCCACCAAGGAACAAAAUUGGGCAGAGGCUCACGAGAUGACGUUUGACUUUAUUCUUUCCACCACAUCCUCGGAUGAGGGGUUUGAUCUUGCGCCUUAUUUGUCACUUCUCAAGACUCACGGGCGCUUUAUUGCGGUUGGACUCCCUGAGGGAGAGGGCUGGAAGGUUCGUCCUCAGAGUUUGCUGGCGAAUGGGUGCUUGAUUGGUAGUAGUCACUUGGGAAGUCGAAAGGAAACGUUGGAGAUGCUAAAGUUGGCGGAUGAGAAGCAGAUUAAGAGUUGGGUUGAGACAAUCCCUGUUGGAGAGGAGGGUGUAAAGGAGGCUUUGGAGAGAGUUCAUAAUGGAAAUGUGAGGUAUCGGUUUACCUUGGUGGACUAUGAUCAACAGUUCCAGUGA